AUGAAAGGCCCACAACAGCUCAGGCGAGUGGUGGGGCAAUCACUUUCUCGUCGGCAGUGGAGACAAGAGCUCAAGCGACAGGCAGAGCAACGCAGCGUUUGGAAAGAAAGAAAGAAAGAGGGUAAGGAGAAGAAGUCCAAAGACAAGAAGCGCACGAGCAAAGAAAAGUCCAAAGACAAGAAGCGCAUGAGCAAACACAAGUUCAAAGACAAGAAGCACACCAGCAAAGACAAGUCCAUAGCCAUAGACAAGAAGAGCAAGAGUAGACAAGAAAAGCAAAAGGCAAGGAUAGUAAAGAGAAGAAGAAAAAGAAGGGUUUCUGGUCUUGGGACUGGCGACUACGCUACUUUCCGCAACUUCAAGCUUGAAAACCCAUCUGAGCGUGGCGAUGUCAGGCACCCGUCAACAAGCCACUACAAUGGUUUUAGUCUUCUUUGA